UUUGGCAGGUGCCAAAAGUCGGCUCAACAAGUGGCCAAGACCCUGGAAAACAACAACAAGGUGCUUUGGCGGUAGCACCUCGAUUUCAAGGGCUUCUUGCCUCCGACCGAGCUUUGAAAUACACACAGUUGAGCUCAAUCGCUUCGGACGAUCCGAUUGCGCCCGAGAAACCCGGCGGGAUCUGGUCUCCCUGCGCAAUCCCAACCUUUCUGCCCACAGCUGCCGCGCUGGAGCAUCGACCGGUCCCUAAGGUCGACACCGCCCGAUUCCAUAAUCUGCGCGGUUGCCUGUAAUUGCUGUUUUUCGCACACGAGACCGUCCAGCAAUCCGCCGCACUUUGACUCAACAUGUCCUUCAACUUCGGAACGCCCGCGUCGAGCGCGGCUUCAGGCCAGUCGACGACGACAACGGCCCCAGCUUCUGGCGGCCUGUUUGGUAGCGCGGCUGGCACAACCUUCUCGUUCGGCAAACCCGCUGGCAGCGGAACAAGCACGCCUCAGACUGGUGGAGGGUUGUUUGGGCAGACUCCGGCAUCAACCGGUCAGGCUGGAGGCCUGUUCGGCAACGCGGGCGCCAGUACGACUCCUUCAACGUCCGCGCCCUCCACUAGCACGCCGCUUUUCGGGCAGCAGGCUGGCGCUACAUCCGGAGGGUCGUCGUUGUUUGGCAACGCCAGCAAGCCCACGGGGGCGCUGUUUGGCAACACGUCUACCCCUGCUACGGGAACGGCAACCCCUACUGGGACGCCGAACCUCUUCGGCAACAAGCCUGCUGCUACGACUGCUACGACUGCUGCUCCAUCCACAGGCACUCAGGGUGCGACAACAGGCGGACUCUUUGGGUCCGCAACCACGGCGCCCCAGUCGGGUACACCAACAACUUCAGCAACGGGUGGGUUGUUUGGAAACGUGAGUGGUUCUCUAUUCGGCUCUACAACUCCCGCCACUACCACGAGCGGAGCUCAGGCUACCCCGGCAAAGCCGCUAUUCGGGGGGCUUGGGUCGACCACACCGGCCGGCGCACCUCCCACCGAUGCGUCCAAGCCUGCUGGAGCACUGUUCGGAGCUAGCCUCGGGACCAAGCCGACAACCUCUGGAGCGACGAGUGGCGGCCUAUUCGGACAAUCUGCAACGCCGGCUACAACUACGACGCAGGCUCCUUCGACCGGUUCUACGGCACCGGCAGCGGGAGGGCUCUUCGGCAAGACCGGAUCCACCCCAGCCGCAGGAGGCACGUCGUCUCUCUUUGGCAGCGCUCAGCCUGCCGCCGCCGCCACAUCCGGCGCCAACACUCCUACCACCACCGCACCGGCAGCAGCCGCGAAGCCUCUCUUUGGGAGUGCUGCUGGCGCUCAGUCCGCUUCCACAGCUACCCCUGCAACUACUACAGCACCCGCGGCAUCUUCGGCAACCACAACUCCGAGCUUGUUCGGCGCCGCCACCUCCGCCAGCACGGCGGCUGCUGGCUCGACUCCAGCCAGUUCGAACCUGUUCAACUUGAAGCCGGCGACGACCACUGCAGCUCCCAGCUCCGCUGCUCCUGCGUCCGCGAGCAACCUGUUCGCCAAGCCGGCCUCUACCACAGCCCCCAGCACUACCGCCACCACAACAGCAACUGCCCCCGCUACCACCACUGCUGCCGCCACUACUUCCGCCCCUGCAACAACAGGCUUGUUUGGUGGCGCCAAGCCUGCCGGCACAACCACCACGCCAGCGCAGGAUGGCAAGAGCAGCACCGCCGCGACGCUCUCGGCAUCGACCAUGGGCCCUACGUCGCAAUUGCCGCGUCUGAAGAACAAGACCAUGGACGAGAUCAUCACGCGGUGGGCGACGGACCUGUCCAAGUACCAGAAGGAGUUCAAGGAGCAAGCGGCCAAGAUUGCCGAGUGGGACCGGAUGUUGGUCGACAACGGCGAGAAGAUCCAGAAGCUGUACACGUCCACCUACGAGGCUGAGCGCGCCAGCAGCGAGAUCGAGCGUCAGUUGUCCAACGUCGAAAGCCAGCAGGAGGAGCUCGCGGCGUGGCUGGACCGCUACGAGGCCGACCUGGACGAGCUCUUCGCAAAGCAGGGCGGCGGCGGCGGCGGGGGUGAGCAGGUUGGCGGCCCGGAUCAGGAGCGCGAGCGCACCUACAAGCUGGCCGAGAAGCUGACGGACCGGCUGGACGACAUGGGCAAGGACCUGACCAAAAUGAUCAAGGAGAUCAAUGACAUGUCGAGCACGCUCAGCAAGGGCAGCAAGCCCGAUGAUCCGUUGACGCAGAUCGUGCGGGUCCUGAACGGGCAUCUCGCCCAGCUGCAGUGGAUCGACAGCAACGCGGCCGCGCUCCAGGCCAAGGUGGCCGCCGCGCAGAAGGCCAGCGGCAACAUGGGCCCCAGCGUCUCGAGCACCGAGUCGGACGCGGCCGAGAGCUUUUACCGGUCGUAUCGGGGCGGGUACAGAUGAAAUGGGGAUGGGGGAGGAACCAUAAUGUCUUGGUCAUGAGUUGGGGUUUGUCGCGUGUAUAUUUGCAAUGUCCUACGGCGCGGGCCGCAGCUGGCCGGUUGAGACUGGCAAAUGGGUAGAGGGAAGGAAGAGAGGCAUGCGGCAUCGUCGUGCUCCUGCAGCCAGGCCUGAGAU